CUCUACUUAGCCCGCCUCCUCGUCCGCGCGCACCCCCGGCGGUGGCUGAGGGAGGAGGGUAGAUGAUGGCGGCCUCCUCGUUGUGGAAAGGGCUGGUUGGGGUCGGACUUUUCGCCCUGGCGCACGCGGCCUUCUCCGCAGCACAACAUCGUUCUUAUAUGAGAUUAACAGAGAAGGAAGAUGAAACCUUGCCAGUAGAUAUAGUUCUUCAAACACUGUUGGCCUUUGCGGUUACCUGUUAUGGGAUAGUUCAUAUUGCAGGAGAAUUUAAAGACAUGGAUGCCACUUCAGAGCUAAAAAAUAAGACAUUUGACACAUUAAGGAACCAUCCAUCCUUUUAUGUAUUUAAUCACCGGGGCAGAGUAUUAUUCCAGUCCCCAGAUACUGUCCAUUCUUCCUCCAAUCAGGAUGCUUUGUCGUCCAGCGCAUCACUGAAGUUACGAAAACUUGAACCUCUCCGCCGUUAAAAAGAUUUUUACAGAUGAUUCUAAAAAUAGAACAGGACACUGAGCUAUAAUAUUGAAGUUGAGGAUGUAAAACACUUUUUUAAUUUCUGGAGCAGUAUUUAUAUUGAUCUUCCAGACUUUAUAAAAUAUAUAUAUAUAUAUUAUAAAUAUAUAAAUAUUAAAUAGGACAUUCUCUCAACACUGUUAAUGACAAUGACUAAAUUGUAAAUUGGCAGAACAGUGUAAGCGGUUGCUAGAAUUAUGCUGUGAAAACAUACCUUUUAUCUUUCAUCCAUUAAACACUAUUGUGAUUAAUUUCACCUAAAACAAAUUCUGUGUUACCAAAGACAGAUUAUGGUUUUUAUGCAACAGAAAAGCACAGAAGGGUGGUGGGUGGUUUGUACAGUUGUUAAGUUGAAUGCUGAGGAAAGGGUUGUUCUGUGUUUAUUCUCUUGUCCUCCCUGCCCCCCUCCCAGAAGACAAUGAUUGUGUUACUUCCAUGUCUUUGACACUUUGGGUUGUAAUGGCCACAGCUUGAUAUGUACCACUUGGAAGACCUGUUCAAAUGUCUGACCCCAAGUGUAAUCAUAGGGCUGUGGUAGGUUUUCUCAGCCUGAAUUGUUGCUAGUAAUACAUAAGCUUCUUUUGUCUAUUGCUCAGUGCCGUACAGCAGCCCUGAAAGGCUCACAGCUUUUGAAGAAAGAACUGCAGUAGGUUUGCAACUCUGGGGAGGAGUGUUGAAUCAUACCACUUUGAAUCCCAUUUACCUCUUGUAUCAAGCCCCCACCUACAUGCUUUGAUUAUUGCCUAUAUUGUGUGCAGUGGGGACUGGAGCUAAAAGUAGAGCUCAAUUACACUGAGUCCACCCUUGCUGCGAAAUGGAGGGAGGGCAGUAGGUAAGGACUUUAUGUUCAGGUGAGGGAGUGAUUGCUGAAUGUUUUAGAACAUGUGUGGCACAUUCAAAGGAAUAGGUGGCUAUGUUGAAGUUUCCAAAAUUUGUGCUGUUAACCAGUGUAUUAUGAUUCAGGUGUCUCCAUUUACUUGCACACACCACUUAUUGGAAAGGUAGAAGGAAGUUUUGUUCACGGUGUGGGGGAGGCAUUGUGUUCCUCAUUGAACAUGUUCAACUUGUUUUUCCACUGUGCUUUAUUGCUUUUUUUACUUGCAGUGCUUCAGAUCUAGAUUUUUUCCCCCCUGAGUAAUCUGUCUUGGAGCAGAAUGGAAUGUUCAGAAGGUGGCAAUAGAUUCCCUUCAACUUGCUGUGCAUGUGGAUACUCACAGAAUGUAACUGAUUUGCAUUGCUCACAGGCAUACAAGAAAGUAGAUCUUCUGACCUGCCAUUGAAGGCCAAAUCACAUGUUUUCCCUGUUAGAUUACCUCUGUGUAGUAAAAAGUUAUCUGCAUUAUCACUUGAGAAAUGUGGUACCAGUACACAGGGUGAGCCUGGCUGAUGAGCUUGUGGCAAAAUGAACAUAUCUGCUCUAUUUCGUCAAUGUGUAUAGCUGUUUCUACACGGAGAUACUCCUAGUGCAGGAGAAAAUGUGGGCAAGACUGCUGUACACCGAGAGCCAUUUGUGGUGAAGACAACUUGGAGUUAUGUGGGUUUUUUAACUUGACUGCUGUUUUACUUUCUACUGGUUGUAAAAACUAGCUUUGGUGUCAACCUUGGUGGUCGUCUAAGAUGCUGAGGUCUUUCCUUACCAAGAUGGCACUUUGCUCAUCUCCCAUGAGGUGGCAACCGAACGGUGACUCUCCCAAUACACUGGAAAAGGACCACCAGUUCCAUUAAGCUCACCAUCUAGUACACAAAAUCUAGUUCAUAUUGGAUAAUAGCUUCUGAGUUUUUAUUUUUGCAGCCAGAGCUGUGAAGCUUGUUGCUUACUACAUUUCAUUUUGAUAGUCUCUUUAGAGCUGUUAAUGGUCAUCACUGUUUUCUAAAUACAUGGUUGCUGUUUAAAUUGGAUAGGUUUGAUUUUCUUACCCAUCAGUAACUGUUUCCCAGCUUCCACUCUUAAGAUUCCGUUGGAUGGGCUGCAUGAAGGAUUGGUGCAAGAGCCACCUUAUUGUGGUCCAAUUCUCCAUAGAUCUGAACAGGAUCAUUGCAGUGGGAGAAAUGUCUUAAUCCACUUUUAUAGCACAGUCAGGAUCAUACCUUCAAAUAAAUCCCCAUUUAGUCCAGUGGGAUGUACUUCCUAGUGGUUCUUUUUCAAACUGCAACAAUAGCACAGGCUCUUUUAUACGGAAAGCCUUCGUGGGGUCUUUUUGAGGCAAAUCACAAAAGUGUGACAUGAACAGACUUCGUGAUUUCUGAAUGUGUGAUGAAAGGGGAAAUAAAUUUCCAGCUGGUGGUUGGGAGGAAAUAGAAGAGUUCUAAAAUGCCAAGUAACUUUUUCCUGAUGUUGUGAAUUUACCUUUGGUAGCACUUUGCAGAAGUCUUAUUAACCAGUUUAUCUAGUAACCUGGUGGGAACUUGUUCAGGCUGCAAAAAAACUGUAUCAGUGUUCCUCUGUUGCAGCAGGUAUUAGUAUAAGAUGGGAAUCUUGCUUGGAGUUUGAAGGCUUUUUCCCUUUCAACCCAUCUGUGUUUACAGUUUGUAGACCCUUCAAGCACCUUCUUGGCUGUUCAAAAUCACAAGGAGUAGCCACCUUUACUCUUCAGCAUUGAUGGUUAUGUCACAAAGAUGUGCAAGCUUUGUUUUUCCUUUUUGAUCUUGCAAUGUCCAAUAAAGAACUAAUAUCAUUA